AUGGACUGCAGUGGUGAGCACAACCCCUCCUCCACGUCACCUCCCCACACCGGGACAACUAUAGUGGCAGUGACCUACGCGGGAGGGGUGGUCAUCGGUGCCGACUCCCGUGUGAGCACCGGAAACUACAUCAGCAACAGGGCCUCCGACAAGAUCACACCGCUGACGGACAGGGUGUACCUCCUUCGCUCAGGCUCGGCGUCCGACACCCAGGCCGUCUCCGACUAUGUGCGCUACUUCACCGAGCAGCACGAGUCCCAGCUGCAACGGCCAGCUCUGGUCAAGACCGUGGCUGGCAUGAUCAGAUCGAUGAACUACCAGUACAAGCACCUGGUGGGCGCGAUGAUCGUGGCGGGGUGGGACGCGGCCGGCGGGCCUCAGGUGUAUGGCUGCCCCAUCGGCGGCACCCUGUCCAAGGAAUCCUGGACCACUGACGGCUCCGGCAGCACCUACAUCUGGGGCUACCUGGACGAAGAGUUCAGGGAGGGUAUGACGCGGAGUGAGGCAGAGGACCUCGUGGCCACUGCGCUGGAGCUGGCCAUGGCCCGCGAUGGAUCCUCGGGCGGCGUGGUGCGACUGGUCACCAUCACCGAGAAGGGGGCGGAGAGGAGACUGAUCAAGCCGGAGGAGCACCCUGUGCUCUGGGACGAGCUACCGACGCCUCUGGGCGUGGUGGUCUGA